AAGGUAUGAUAUCAUCAUACACCGCACAUAUUCGUAUUAAGACAUCUUAAUGCGAUAAAUUAGCAUGUAGCUACGCGUCAAGAUAUUCCGAAGAUUGUCGAAUAUUACGUAGAUUUCAACAGGUGGUAUUGCUCCUUAAUGCACGAUAUUACAGAUAUAUACCAAUAUGAAAUAUAUGGUACCAGCCCUCCUUAUUAUCUCUUUUCUUGGCGUUACGUCAGCCUAUCACUGUUGGGUAUGUGACAGUGAAAAUGACUACUUUGACGGAGCUACGUGCGCAGACCCCUUCUUCAAGGGCGACCAGAGUCUGGCAAAACAACAAUGCUCAGGAGACUGUUUCAAAGAGGUUUCGACCGAUGCAAAUGGCAAUAAAAAGUAUCGUAGGGGAUGCGAUGCCUGCACUGAGGGAUGUACAACUGUAGGCUCUGUAACGACCUGCCGAUACUGCUGCUACGGAAUGGUCUGCAAUGGCGCCACCAACGUUCGUGUCAACCUGAUAGCCGCUAUUGUGACGUCAAGUUUGGCGACCCUCUAUUACUUUUGUUAACACUGUAGAGUACUACGUUUUUAUGUUCGAAUGCAAUAAGACGCAGUCCAAUAAAAAAAAAGAGUCAAGACAUACAUUGUACAAAGAAGGCGAGAUCGGCAUUUCCCCACAUGUUUCAUUUUAAUGUUGUAGCCCUGUAAAAUCGACUAUCAACCGAACGAUACGACACUCUCUGAAUUCAGUACAUUGAAAGUCACUCUAAAAGCUUGUGGUGAGGGACCAAUCCAAAAUGGAUAGAAAAGUUGGGGUG